AUGUCUCUUGGGGUCGGGAGUGGUUGGGACGAGAACCUUGGCAACUACUACAUCAAGACUCAAGAUACUUGUGGCACGACAUCGAGAUCUGGGCGAUUCCUAAGGAUAGGAGUUGAAAUCAUACAGUAUUUCGUCCUUAUGACUUAUGCUCCUCAUGAAUCCCGUGUGGAACAAAAGUUUGAGCUGUUCCAACAAUUUGGUUGGUCCAAAGGCGAUUUCGUGGCAGCUAUCAUGAGAUUCCCAAACUGUGUGAAGAUAUCGGAUGAGAAGAUUAAGGGAACCAUGAAUUACCUCGUGAACAAUGUCGGUCUUCAGCCCCAUGCCAUUGCUAUGCAACCGUUUGUUUUGGGUCUGAGUUUGGAGAAGAGGAUCAAACCAAGGAACAUGGUGAUCUCUGAGCUUCUUUCUAAAGAGUUUGUGAAGAAAGAAGAUUUGAACUAUUUCCAGAUCCUUAAGAUUAAAGAAUGUGUAUUCAUCGAUAAGUUUGUUGUGAAAUUUCGGCAGGUUUCUUCUCUCCUGAAGCCAUCCCCUUGA